AUGGCUGAACUCUCUGACUCUUCUUCUAAGCAGUCCCUCAAUCCCCAAGAGCUAGCCUGUGACACCUCUUCUGAGUCCCUCAAUCCCCAAGAGCCUCAGAAGGCCGGCCCGGCCACCCAACCAAAGCCCAGGCCCCCCAGCCACUCCAAGAGCAUGAGGCACCACAGCCACUCCAGGUGUGGGGACAGUUUUGCCACCUAUUUCCCCAGGGUGCUGAAGCACAUCCAUUUGGGCCUCAGCCUCUCCCGGUCUAGCGUGAGCGUUCUGGACUUCUUCGUCCAGGACAUGUUAGAGCGCAUCACCAGCAAGGCCUGCCACCUGGCCGGCCAGAACCAUCGCUCCACCAUCACCUUCAGAGACAUCCAGACGGCCGUGCUCCUCCUGCUGCCUGGGGAGAUUGGCAAGCACGCUGUGUACGAGGCCACCAGGGCCCUCAGCUGCUCACAUUCCAGCAAGUGA